GCCCUGGCAACCCCCGAACCCAGACGCGCUGCCGCAGAAGAGUCGAGCGCCCUGGAGGCCGCGCGGCGACCGAGCCGGGGUCCGGCCGCCGCCACUAUGGACAUCCCGCCGCUGGCCGGCAAGAUCGCGGCUCUGUCGCUCGGCGCCCUCCCCUUGUCCUACGCGCUUAACCACGUCUCGGCGCUCUCGCACCCCCUAGGGCUGGCAUUGAUGAGUGCCCUGAUCCUGGGCCUGCUUUUUGUGGCUAUCUACAGUUUUUCCCCCGGCGAGAUCUACUAUGACCCACUCUAUGCUGUGUUCGCUGUCUUCUCCUUCACCUCCGUGGUGGAUCUCCUCAUUGCUCUCCAGGAAGAUGGCUACGCGGGGGGCUUCAUGGAAUUCUUUACUAAAGAGGGAGAGCCUUAUUUGCGCACGGCACACGGAGUCUUCAUCUGCUACUGGGAUGGCACGGUUCACUACCUCCUCUACUUGGCCAUGGCUGGUGCCAUCCGCAGAAGGAAGAGAUACAGGAACCUUGGACUGUACUGGCUGGGAUCUUUCGUCAUGAGCAUCUUGGUGUUCCUCCCAGGAAACAUCCUUGGUAAAUACAGCUCAGAGAUCAGACCUGCCUUCUUCCUUGCCAUCCCCUAUGUGCUAGUCCCAUGCUGGGCUGGUGUGAGGGUCUUCAACCAGGCCCGGGCACCAACCUGCUAUGCCCCCAAUGUGGUACAGGAGGAACAAAGCAAGGGUAUCCUGCGACGUCCAGUAGACUUGGCCCUUGUCAUGUACCUCACCCUCGCCGGGUUCUUCACCCUCUUUCGGGGCCUGGUGGUGCUUGACUGCCCCACAGAUGCGUGCUUUGUGUACAUCUAUCAGUAUGAGCCAUACCUACGGGACCCUGUGGCCUAUCCGAAGGUGCAGAUGCUGGUGUACAUGUUCUACGUGCUGCCCUUCUUUGGCCUGGCUGUCUAUGGCCUCAUCUUCCCUGGCUGCUCUUGGCUGCCUGACUGGGCCUUGGUGUUUGCUGGAGCUGUUGGCCAGGCACAGUUCUCGCACAUGGGGGCCUCGAUGCACGUGCGCACACCCUUCACCUACCGCGUGCCUGAUGACGCCUGGGCCUGCUUCUUCGGGAGCAACCUGCUGUAUGCGCUGGGUCCCCAGCUGCUGGCCUUCCGCUGCCUGUGGCGGCCUGCCUUCUUCCUGCACCCGCCCCCUGGUCCCCUGGCCCACCACAAGAAGGAGGACUGAGAGCUGGGGACUCCCUAUGACUCUGUUUUCAUGCCCAAAGAGCCCUGCCCCAGGAAGGGUGGGCUGGGUCUCUUAGAGUCAGGAAAUAUAUCUCCAGGUGUCUUCGGUCCUGGCUAUGGUGGUAUAAGCCCAGCGCACGGGGUGGGACACCCAGGGACCCUCAGCUGUCACAGUAUUCCAAUCCCACACAGACUGCUCUACGCCAGAGUUUACCUAUCAUACUCACAUGGAUCCUUUUAGUAAAAAAAAGAAAAAAAAAAACACAAAACUUUUAAAGCCCCAGUAUUGCUGCUGCUUGAGUGUUUCAGGAUUCAGAGGUGAGGGAUUGCUUCUCUAGGGGCCUACCAUCACUGCCAGCAUGACCAUCGGAGCUGGAGGUACUGGCUAGCAGAAGUCUGCCUCUGGUUGGUGUGUUCAGCUCCAUCUUCCAGAUGGGAAAAACGGAGGCUCAGAGAGGUCCAAAGACCUGUCUGAUGUCACGAUCAGGAGAGAAACAUCCAAAAUCCAAGCUCUGACAAUAAAUUAUAAUAAAUGAUGGCAUGGCACAGUUAUUAAGCACCUACCAUAUACCAUCACCAAGGGCCAAACUCAAGUGCUACAUGCUGGAUCUCACCCUAUAUUCCAGAUGGGGAGACUGAGCCUGUAGCCAGUCAAGGUCCUCGUUGGAGGUCAUGGCUCCUAGAUGCAUCUGAGCUUAAGAACUUCGUGCCAGCCUAGCCUAUCCAACCAUGGGCCCUAUAACCCUGCCUUUAUUGUAUGGUUGGCUCAUAUUUUGGGGAAACUGAGGCUGAGGAAGCUGCCAACGGGUUGGGAGAAAGGCACAUUUUUUUUUUUCCUGAUUGGAUAUUUGAACUUGAGUGAAAGGCCAGGUUUUGGUAUGAGUCAGCCGCAGAGUGGGUCAGGAGCUUGAUCAGUCUCCCCUGCUCCCGCUCCUACCGACAUUAGGCCCCUAUCGUAGUCUAACCGUUGGAUCUUCACCAAGGAACCAACACUCCCAUUUCCCAGAGGUGGAAACUGAGGCUCAGAGAGACCAAGCCUCUCUUCUAAGGCCCUGCAG